GUAUGACUAAAAAUUGGUCAGUAAUUUAGUGAAUGUGAAAGAAAACUUGACAACAAAUGUACUGUCACAAUAUGAAUAAAUGCUUAUAUAAUAAUAUUGUUCGAAUGAAUUAGCUCGUGUACACUUGAAUUCGCGGUAAUUUUCUCUCUCAUUUUACCCCCACUUUGGCUGUUCUCUUUCUGUCGCGUUCAGUCGCGUUGCUUCUUCUCCCACCAGCGUCUGACAGCUUGGUCGAUUCACGAGUUUGCCUGGAUACACCCGCGUUUUCCCGGGUCUUUGCGCCGUGAUUCAUGUCUAUAAGUCUGACGUCAUGUAUUAUGCAUUUUUAUUUUAUAUUAAUUUUCAACUGCUUUAAAAAAAUAAAUCAAUCAAAAAAAAGAAUCAAACAGAUUCAAUGACCACUCUACCGCAAUCCGGGAAAAAAAAGUAGUAAUGCAUUUGUUUAUAUUUUUUGUAUUUGCCGACCUUGUCGAUGGUUACUACACUGGUACAAUCACAGUUGGGCCAUUCAGUCAUCAUCAUCAUUAUCACAACCAUCACUGUAUCAAUAGCAUCAAACUACAUUGGAUCUCAACGUGGGAGUAACUUAAACUCUUUAGGAUAUACCAAAGUUCCAUCUACUUAGUGGAUAUACAGAUUGUUCGGUCCAAUAUUAUUUCAAGAUGAGCGAACAAAAUGACCAACAACAAAAUACACAAUCAAAAGAAGAACCACGGACAAAUCUUAUUAUCAAUUAUUUACCUCAAAGUAUGACAGAAAAAGAACUUUAUAGUAUGUUUGUUACUAUUGGACCUGUCGAAUCUUGUCGUGUAAUGAAAGAUUACAAAACUGGAUAUAGUUAUGGUUUUGGUUUUGUUAAUUAUGCAAAAGCUGAAGAUGCAGCCACUGCAAUAAAUACACUUAAUGGACUGCAGGUUCAAAACAAACGUUUAAAAGUUUCGUUUGCUCGACCUUCUGGAGAAGAAAUAAAAGAAACUAAUCUUUAUGUUACAAAUCUUCCUAGAAAUAUAACGGAAAGUCAGAUAGAAGAGAUAUUCAGUAAAUUUGGUAAUAUUGUACAGAAGAAUAUUCUUAAAGAUAAAUUAACUGGUUUACCCCGAGGUGUUGCGUUUGUCAGAUAUGAUAAGCGUGAAGAAGCACAAGAAGCUAUAAAUCACUUACACGGGACAAUACCAGAAGGAGGUUCAGAACCACUUAGUGUUAAAAUAGCUGAAGAACAUGGAAAGCAAAAAGCUGCAUAUUAUGCUGGAUGGCAAGCUGGAUAUAAUCAAAGCCGUGGUGGAGGAGGUCGUGGACGUGGCGGUAUAAAUGGAGGUAAUGGAAUUAAUGUCGGUAAUCCUGGAAUAGGCAGAGCUAUUUCAAUUGGAGCUCGUGGUGGUCAUCAUGGGAAUUUUAUUGGAAACGGAGGCGGAGGAGGUGGAGGUGGCGGUCCAGGAGCUAUGAGAAUGGAAAAAAUUCAUCCACAUCGUUUUAAUCCAAUAGGAAUGGGUGGUGGUUACGUUCAAUCUCAUUUUUGGUGACCAUUAAUUAACACCUUAAAUCUACUACGUGUUUAAACAUUUGUUUUACAAUUAUUUGAAAAUUUAAAAUUUUAAAAUGGAUAUUCACAACAUCAAUUUAUUUAUUCAUUAGUAUUUCUUUUAAAAUUAGGCCAUUAUUUAUUAUUUAUAUCAACUGAGUUUUAUUAAACAAUGUUGA